AUGAAUUUUGAAUUAUUAGCUAAUGAAUUAAUCCUCGAUAUAUUUGAAUAUUUAAAUUCUACUCAACUUCUUCGUGCAUAUCAUGGUUUAAAUAUUCGUCUAAAUAAUCUUCUUUAUCUUCAUUUUCAAAAUUACUCACUUGAUUUUCGAUCUGUUAUUAAAAAUGAUUUUAAUGAUAUUUGUCAAAAUAUUCUUCCAUUAUUAACUCAUCAAAUUACUUCCAUACAUCUUUCAAAUGAUGAUGAUACACCUAAUCAACCGAAUUUAUUUCUUUCCUUUGGUUUUCAUUUUCGACAAUUCAGUAAUCUACAAUCACUUUCAUUACACUAUAUCCGUUCAAUGGAAUUAAUGAAUAAAAUUCUAUCCAAUUGUCCACAAUUAAUUUCUCUUAAUAUAAGUAAAUGUACUUACGAUGAUGAUUUCGAACAAUCAGCAAUAUGUUUAAAUACAAUAUGGAGUUUAAAAAGAUUAAAAUCUUGUUAUUUAGAUAUAGAAUCAUGGAAUAAUCUUGAAAAUCAAGUACCAAUAAUAAUCUCAUCAUCACUUCAAAUUCUCUCUAUUGAACAUGAAUUUAUUACUUUAAAUUGUUUAAAUUCUUUAUUUAUAUGUACACCUAAUCUACAUGAUCUCAAGAUUAAUAUUACAGAUAAAUUAGAUAAUGAAGAAUUAUUAUCAUUUAAUAUUCCUUCAUUAACAAAAUUAAAAAUUUAUUUUGAAAGUUCAUUAUUUAGUUUAAAAAAUCUUCUGAAAAAUUUACCGAAUUUAUCUCAAUUAAUUAUUCAAAUCGAUGAUAUAUGGAUUGAUGGAUACCAAUGGAAAGAUAUAAUUCGAAAUUAUUUUAAUAAUUUAAAAAUCUUUCAAUUAUUAAUGUUUCAUAGAAUUCAUCAAGAUAAAAUUAUAACAGAAGAAAUUGAUUAUUUAAUUGAAUCAUUUCAAACAAGAUUUUGGCUUGAACAACGUCAAUGUUUUGUUCGAUGUGAUUAUCAUAGUGAAUUUGGAACAACUUAUCUCUAUACUCUACCAUAUGGAUUUUGUAAAUUUAAUCGACUUAUAAGUAAUAUGUCAAAAUCUACAUGUUCAAUUGAUAAAAUAUCUACGGCAUUUAAUUAUGUUAAUAAUUUACUUCUUGAUUAUGAUUUAAUAGAAUUUGCAUCGAAAUUUCCAAUUCAAUUCUUAAAUAUUCAUUCUCUUGAUUUAGCAUUUCCAUUUAAUGAUGUUAUGUGGACAGUUUUACCGAAAUUUGAUCGAUUAACAUCACUUGAAAUCGUAUCAAUUGCAUAUUCAGAUGAAAAUUAUCGACCUAUAAAUCAUCUUCAGACAGUAUUAGAUCGUUCGAUUCAUCUUUAUUCAUUAACAAUUGAUUAUUUAAUUUUAUCAGAAUUAUCAACUGUACAAAUAAAUAAUAAAUCAAUACGUCGAUUGGAUUUAAUAUCAAAUGACGGACAUUAUUAUGGUUCAGAAUGUAUUUCAUUAAUACAAUCAAUUUUAGGUAAUCAAUGUGAAAUUUUAUUAAUUAGUAUUGAAAAUCGUACAAUUGUUCUUGAAUUAAUUGAAAAAAUGUCGAAUCUUCGAGCAUUAACCUUUGUAUGUCAAACAGAUCAAAUGGAUAUUAAUAAUGAAUCAUCAUCAUCAUCAGCAGCAGCAGAUGAUGAACUUUUUCAAUGGAUGAAACAUCAUUUACCAUCAUAUUGUUCAAUAUCCAGAGAUGAAAAUGAAACAGCUGUUGUUCAAUUAUGGAUACGUUAA